AUGUACUCCUACGUCUACCUGCCGCCCGGGGAGGGCGUCUGGCCUCGGCCGCAGAGCCUCACCUACACCUACCUGCCCGCCCCUCUGCUGCUGCCACCCAUCCAGACCCACAACUUCUGCAGCCGGCCGGUGGGCCUGAGCACGGCCCCGCGCGAGCUCCACUGCUUCCAUGGUGCGGGCGCGGCCCUGGCCUCCUCCAUGUCUCCUUGGUGGGCCUUCCCGCCGCAGGGUGCCGCAGCCCUUGGCUCGUCGCUCCCCGCCUCCGGCGUAUCCGCGCCAGCCCAGCCCACGCGCAACGCCGCGUGGCCCGAGGGCAGCAGCCUGCAGCUGCAGCUGCGCUGGGGCCGCGUGGAGCGCAUGCGGGGACCGCCCCUGCCGCUGCCGGACGCCGUGCGCCGCGACUUGCGGCGCGUCUACGGCACCUACCCACGCACCGACGUGCGCGUCACCCAGCGCGGCGGCCAGUUCUUGGUGCGGGCUGCGCCACGCGUGGGCGAGCCCGAAUACAAGGUGGCGCGGCGCGUGGUGCGCAGGCCGGUCGGCGGUGACGACGGGGACAGCAGGGACAUCACGGCCGCUCCGGAGGCGGUGCAGCGUGACCGCCCUAAGAAAAAACAAGGACCCAGAUGA